AUGCGAGUCUUCUACGACAAUGGCACUCUGCUGUUCCAAGACGCUGCAGAAGCGACAAGAGAUAUGGCUUCACGAGGAUUUCCAGUUACGGUGGUGAAAUCCUCCGCUGCCCCGGACCAGGAGGAGAUCCAGCACCUGUCUACCUGGCAGGUGGCCGGGAGACGACAGGACCGGAGUGACGACCGGGAGCCGAGAGGAUUGACCAGCGCCUGCAGCCCCGCCUCCAGCCCCGCCUCCAGCCCCGCCUGCAGCCCCACCUGCCCGGCCGAACACACUCUGGUUAUCGGGAGCUCCACAGUCAGGAACGUGAGGUUAGCGAAGCCGCGGACCAGUCGUGUGGCUCCCGGGGGCCAGAGCCACGUGGAGUCCAGUUUAAAGCUGCUGGCUCAGGACAAGCGGAGAUACAGUCAGAUUGUGAUCCACGCCGGUGGCAAUGACUCCCGACUUCGCCGGUCGGAGGUCACGAACAUGAAUGUGGAAUCUGUGUGUGCUUAUGCCAAGACCUUGUGGGACGCCGUCGUUUCCUCUGGUCCCCGACCAAAUGUCAUCAAUGAUGAGAUGUACAGCCGCAUGUCGUCAUCCAACCGCUGGCUGUCGAGGAGUGCGUCGCACAUCCAACUGCGCAUGCGUCGUUGGGAGAUGGACCGCGAGGAGCCUCCGGUGUCUGUCCCCGUGUCUCCAGGAGAAAUGAUGAGACUGUUGGUGAAGCAGCGAGUCCACGCGGCCGUUGAAGAGUCUUUUGGGCUGUUGGACACAUUGACAGCAGCUUAUGAGGACACCGUGUCUCAGCUCAGAGAACAAUGGCGACACACAGCAGAUGUCCAGCAGCUGGUAGGGAUUAAAGCAGAUGUCCCCCCUGAGGACCAGGAGGACCCAGAGCCCCUCCCCAUAAAAGAGGAGCCGGAGCCCCUCCCCAUAAAAGACCUGCAGGAUCUCUGGACCCGUCUAGAGGGAGAUCAGCUCAUUGUGCUGCAGGAGGCCGAUAUCGCCAAGUUCUCAUUCACUGCUGUUACUUUCACGAGUGAAGAUGAUGAACCUCAGACCUCACAGCUUCAUCAAAGCCAGACGGAGGAUGACAGAGAGGCGGAGCCUCCAGCCAGCAGCUCAGCUACAUCGAUACAAACAGAAACUGAUGGAGAGGACUGUGGGGGACCAGGACCAGACAGCAACCUAAAUCCACAUCGUCAAUCACAUCCAAAUGCUGAUGAUGAAGAGGCUUCAGACUCUUCUGAGACUGAAGCCAGUUGUGGUGAGUGGCAAGAAGCUUUGUCAGAGUCUGGACCUGAAAGUGUAGAUGGGGACAAUGUCUGGAAGGAGCCCAGGGCACCUGAGUCUGCUGCACAUGCCCCGAAAUAUAAGGAAGCUCUUGUAAGUCAUGUGGGAUGUAACACUGGCAACAAAUCCAAUGAGUCACGAUCAAAAGUGCUCAUGAGAAAGAAACCACACAGUUGUGAAGAGUGUGGGAAAAGAUUUACACAACAGGGACAUCUGAAGAGACACAUGAGAGUCCACACAGGAGAGAAACCAUUCAGUUGUGAUGAGUGUGGGAAAAGAUUUACAGAACAGGCAAGUCUGAAGAUACACAUGAGAAUCCACACAGGAGAGAAACCAUUCAGUUGUGAUGAGUGUGGGAAAAGAUUUACAGAACAGGGACAUCUGAAGUCACACAUGAGACUCCACACAGGAGAGAAACCAUUCAGUUGUGACGAGUGUGGGACAAGAUUUAGACAACAGGGAAGUCUGAAGACACACAUGAUAAUCCACACAGGAUGGAAACCAUUCAGUUGUGAUGUGUGUGGGAAAAGAUUUACUCAACAGGGAGAUCUGAAGAGACACAUGAGAGUCCACACAGGAGAGAAACCAUUCAGUUGUGACCAGUGUGGGAAAAGAUUUACAGAACAGGGAAGUCUGAAGGCACACAUGAUAGUCCACACAGGAGAGAAACCAUUCAGUUGUGAUGUGUGUGGGACAAGAUUUACAAAACAGGGAAGUCUGAAGACACACAUGAUAAUCCACACAGGAUGGAAACCAUUCAGUUGUGAUGUGUGUGGGAAAAGAUUUACUCAACAGGGAGAUCUGAAGAGACACAUGAGAGUCCACACAGGAGAGAAACCAUUCAGUUGUGACUAGUGUGGGAAAAGAUUUACAGAACAGGGACGUCUGAAGGCACACAUGAGAGUCCACACAGGAGAGAAACCAUUCAGUUGUGAUGUGUGUGGGGAAAGAUUUACUCAACAGGGAGAGCUGAAGAGACACAUGAGAGUCCACACAGGAUAGAAUGUGUUUCCUCCAGUAGUGACAAAUUCAAUAUGUAAGUUGUUCUCUUUCUAAUGUGUUAAUUUAAAAAAAAGGUAAAAUGUUUUUAAUUGUUUCCCAUGUCAUUUGUUUGUAAAUGAGAUGGAAGGCAAAGUGUUUUCUAAUCAUUUGAUGAAUCUUUAUUAAAAACAAUGACAACAUACUGAGUGUCUUUGAUGGAGGAAACUAAAAACAAACUAAAAACUCUGUACAAAUACAUCUGUAUUGAAAAUGCAUUUUCCCUGUAAUGUUUUAAAAUCUACAU